AUGCCGUUCUUCAUGCUGCAGCCCUUCGCCGGCCUACCCACUGCAACAGGUGCCCGUCUAUGCCUGCCUGUGGUGGCUCUAAGGGUGGCUGCGCAAGUCGGGCUGAUUGUCGGCAUCAUCAUUCAGCAGCCAGAGCUGGGGAAAACUCACGUCAUUUUGCAGCUGGUUGGCAUGAUACUGAGCCUUGUCUACUUCCCACUGGAGCUUUGGAUGUCCUACAGGUACAUCAGCAAGAACUUGAAUGAAGACGACGAUGAUGACAGAGUCGGAGGUUUCUUCUGCACUGUCUUUGUUUGCCUACCAUUCCACACUCUGAACGGCACCCUUCUGCUGAUCUCCUUCGUGAUUCUCGCCCAAGGGACAGAUCAACUAGAUGAUAUACUCGCAGUGGACGUGGUCGUCCUUUUUCUUGGCAGCAUUUGGUUACUGCCUGCCGUCGGGUUAGCAGUCAUGGGCAUUUGUUCUCUCCUGGCGUGGCUCGUUACUGGCUGCCCCGGUUUGAGGGGGGCGAUGUAUGACCGCGCUGAUGUCCCGGCAUCUGACCCGAUCGUUGAAGCAAUCGAGUCGCUGAUGGGAGCGACCCUGACCGAGGAGCUAGUGAAGAACAUGGUUGACUCCUGGGUGGACAUGGAGCUGAAGCACGCAAGGAUCCUCGCUCGCUUCUACUCCACCUUAGUCGAGGCGGAUGCCGUGGAAGAGCACAUACAGGAUUGUGGCUAUGGCGUUGCUGUGGUCAUGAUGGGCGGUGUGCGUGCUGUGGACUACGAUUACGGUCAGGACGCUGCGGCAGAGGUCUUCAGCUCGCUCCAACAGCUCCUGAAGAGAUUGGAGCCACACAACGCGGAGGCUGAGGAGCUCGGAUGGUUGCCAGACACGAAAGACUUGGUGAUCUACCCUUCGUUGCUGGGCCUCGAGCCGACACACCACUGCUAUGGCACCAAUCUCCGGUUCUACAUCUACGAGCUGCGGGACUGGAGCCCCGCAGGGAAUGCUGAGCGAGGGGUCCUCCACUGCCAGCAUGGCCAGUGGGGCAUGGAGGCACUGAUCCCGUACUGGUUUCGCCGAGGUUCCUGCCAGACCAGAGAUCCCGAGGAGGCGGAUUAUUUCCUGGUGCCAUGGCACACCUGGUGUGACCGGAUGAUCUUCCGAAUGAAUCAAUCGCGUGAGCCCGUCGGCGACAUCUCUGCUGUUUACCUGGACCUGAUGCGGCGCAAGGAUGAGCUGCUGCCACAUUGGUCCCGGCAGCUGGGACGUGACCACAUCUUUAUCUUCUCCGAUCAGGGGAUGAACUUCUUUCCGGAGUGGCGGGACUACAUCCCACAUUCCGUGUUCCUUACUACAGAGGCUCUGACUCCCGGCUGUGGCCCCAGCUGCUACAACCCAUGGAAGGACUUGGUCCUGCCAGGACAUCCGGACUAUUUCCGCUUCCGGCGGAUGAUGGAGGUGAACCUUCCAACAGAUCAGCGCGAUCUGCUCUUCAACUUCCACGGUCGUCAUCCUGGGUUUGGGCCAAGCUACUACAAGGACAAUGUGGUUCGCGGCAAGAUCAUUGAUACCUUCACAGGAGUCCACGGCGUAAGCGUCGGCGGCUUUGUGGAGGGCUACUUUGAGAUCAUGGGUGCCUCGCAUUUCUGCUUGGUUCCCAUGGGCACGUCUUCGUGGACGAACCAUCUCUACGAGUCCUUCUUCGCUGGGUGCAUCCCGGUGAUUCUGAGUGAUGAUUUCGGUGUGCCAUUUGAUGGCGACAUUCGCUGGGAAGACUUCUCCAUCAAGUGGCCCAUGGCCGACGUAGAUAUGGACUUGUACUACCACUUGCUGUCAAUUCCCAGCGGCACGCUUCGGCGGAUGAAGGCAGCAGUGGAUGCGCACGCCUGCUGGUUCGACUACCAUCAGGUCCUCGAUUCGGGUCUUUGGCGGCUGGGUGAGGCCGUGUCCAUCGGUUUGCACCACUUACCUGCGCAGUUCGUCUCCACACUGACUACCGACCUACCGACCUACCUACCAGCCUACCUACCCAUCUGCACUGACGCGAAGUGGCCCGGAGCUUGGUUGCCGGAAGCUCCACAGUCCAACUUUCAACAGCGAUCUGCUGAUGACGGUGGUUGCUGGAGAACUGCUCACGGCCUGGAGCACAGGAUCUACACCUCCACGGCCGACUCCCUCAGGAAGGCCGUGAAACACCGACCCAUGAAGUUCGCGGGCAACGACGACCCGGCACUCUCUGGAGGGCGGAAGUACGGGCCAUUUGCAAAAUCGGCUGCUUCGGGUGGCUACCGCUUUGGCGAGCCUGAAGCCGUGGAAUCGCUGGAGGUGCCUGGCGCCAUCAUUAACGAACAAGCCGAUGCAGGUAUGUCACAGCUGCGGAAAGCGCCCAUCUGCUGUCGAAGCGAGGGUGGCUGGUGGCUCUUCGGCAUAAAGAGGCGGUCCGGAAAGAAUGCAGACGACGCACCCGGAAUCCCUUUGCCGUGCAACCUGCACCAAAACGCCCGCAAAGUUACUGAUUGGGGCCACCGCAAGUCGCAGCUGCGCGACUCCAUCGAUAAAGCGGCCAUUUUGAGUGGCAUGCCCAUGCAGUUGCUUCUGCAGCAGAUGGCCAGUGCAGGCGAGAGCUCCGAGGCUGUGCAACGGACUGCCCAGAGCUGGCUGACUUCGAAGCAGGCCAUGUUGGCUGGUCUGCAAGCGACAUAUCGUCUCCGAGAGCUCUCCCGUUACCUCAGGUCCCUCUGGGUCCAGGUGAGAGGGUUGCCCGAUCGCCGUCAUUCGGUCGAGCUGAUUGGCUCCCAGCUCUCCAGCUGUUUGGACAUAGACCUUCGUCGAUGCGGCCUGGUCUACUUGGUGACCUUCCCGGACAGUAAUGUCUUCAAGGUCGGCUUCUCCAAUUGGUCCAAUUUGUGGAAGCGCUUGAACAAGGCAGAGAUGCUCGUCUGUGUGCCAGGUCGUCUGCGAGCCAUCCAGGCGGUAGAAGGAUCCGCCUGGAUGGCUGAACAGCUUGUCCAUGGUUUCCUCCACGACCGGCACGACUUGGACAAGUUCUACUGGUCGGAGCAGAAGCAGGUGACCACAACCGGCUACUCGGAGUGGUACCACCUGUCUCUCUGUGAUGCCGCCUAUGACUUCAUGGCAAGCCUGGUGGGCAUGUCGCCGGAGCAGAUGGUGCGCCUGCAGAAGCAGUACUGGGCGAAGUGGAUGGAGCCCUCCCUCCGGCUUCCGGAGGAUCCCAAGAUCCGAGAAGAGCAGCAAACCCGGGAGGAGAUCAAGCGGUUCAAAGCCUCUGAGCGCUAUGCCACAGAGGUGGGAUCUGAGAUGGCAGAGCUGGAUGUGCGAAUAGAGGAGUUGGAGACGCUGAUGUCCGUUUCCGAGAGGGGUGAGGACCCCGGAAAACGCGAUUUCCAGAAAGACAUGCUCGGACCCUGCAUUCAAUUGGAGAGUGGAGGCACGAUUCUAGAGGAUGAGGAGGAGGAGUCGGGUGUCGAGAAUCUGUUCGACACAGAGCUCCCUUGUUCUGUGCCCAAAGCUGUUCACGGUGAGUUUCACCACUACAGCGGCGACAUCUGCGCCUACAACAAGGCGACGCACAACUCUCAGAGGCUGAAUACUUUCAACACUCCUGGGAAGCUGCAGUGGAAGAAGGGCACCGGAGCCGCCGCCGGGCGCGCCCCUCGACCGGCCUCCGCAGGCAUCCGCCGCCCGCGCGCUCUGCGUGCUGCGCGACGGCAAGAAUGGACCGAGGACAUGUCCACGUUGGUCCGCCGCAUGCACGAGCUCAUGGAUGUUCUCCGCUGCCGGUUGGAAGAAGAGGCUGACUCGCCAAUUUCGCCGAUGCCAGUGACACCUCCAUCGAAGAGGGGAGGCCCCUCGCCGAAGGCGAGUCUGGGUGACUCCCUCGAGAAGCUGGAAGCUCUCUUCGAAGAGGGUCGAAAUCCGUCGAAGCUGCUCCAACAGCAUCUGACGGAAGCCCUGGGCCGAGAAGGUCAAGCUGAGAUGAACUUCGCUCCGAGCAGCCGAGCUGGGGGACGGACUGCCGAGCCGGUGGUCAAUUUCACGGAGCCUCUCGCGGACCGGAUGAUUGAGCCGAUUGCCGAGCCUGUGACCGUUGCCACAGAGCCGCGAGCGAUGAGACAGCCCGAGCCCGUCACAGAGCCUCUUGCGAGACCGUUCAUUCCUGAGCCGGUGUCCGUUCCCUUGGAGGCCUCUCAGCAGGCCGCUGCCAGGGCGCGGAGCUCCCCCAAACGGGAGAGGUCUGCGAGGUAUUACUUCGAGAAUCUGACGGUGCUCGCUCGAAUUGCCCGGCAGCUUUCUGAAAAGUUACAUGCACGUGUCAGCCUGUUUGGGGAGCCGCUGGACGGCCCUUACCCCAAUGUGGAACGGCUUCAGAGCUUUCCAACACUCUACGACGCAGCCUGGGAGGACAUUUAUCCGGGCGUGGAGAGGUUCCACGAGGCUUCGGAUGUGUUCGGACCUCGCAGCCGACCGGACGGUUUCGUGGAUCGCUUCGAGCUGGCGGAUGCGCUUCGGAGGUUGGAUAUCUUCGCCACACCCCAGGAUGUCGACAGCCUCGUCUCGUGCCCGGCCACCGUCGACCUUCUGCAAUUGACGCUGCAGAAGUUCUCGGAGAGCCGCCGCUACAGGAGUUACUUCGCGCCUCCGAUGAUCCCACCUCGCUCGCCGAGCCUCUCUGGGCUCCUCAAGGCUCGGGCCAAAGGUGACCGACGUUGGACGGGGGAGGGCGUGCCAUCCGGCGAGCCGAGCAAUGGCUUUCCGUGGGCUGCGAGGAUCUAG